AGGCCCUACGUUACAGUGUGAUCCCCCCGCAAUCUAGGAAAUGUCAGUGGGACUUGUUAGGUGUCUUGGCUCCGUCAAGAUCGACGUGGAUUUUAGCUCCAUACAAGCUCCAAGACGCAUCCACAACCUUACAUCGUCAGAAUUGUCACGUAUCCAAAGCAUAAAUCCAAGCAUAAAAAGCCCCGCCUUGUCCGGUCAUCGCCCCUCCAUUAGCCCCUCCAAUCCCCUUGGGCCUCGUGAUAUAUACUGGCGGACUUCACCUACACCAGAGCUACUUCUACUAGAAAACACUACCGUCCUUCCUUUUUGGUGGUGGUUUCUUUCCUCGUCCUCCUACUCGCCAUCGCCUACAAUCUGGCUGCCGCACGAGCUGUCUCUCGUCUUACUUCGUAUCUUAACCAGAUACGACCGAAGACGAUUCCCUCAACAACUGUCUUCUCUCUCACCCGUUCAACUACUCAAGAUCGAUCGAUUGUAACCGCCACUAUGGCUCCCGAUAAGUACAAGAGCCCUCCCCAGGCACCACCGACGUUCACGGGGACCAAGGAGUCCAUCGUCAACGAUGCAAAGACUAUCUGCGAGACUACAAGAUCUCUACUAGACAAGCUUGCUACCGAUGUGAACCCUUCAACUGCGACUUUUGCCUCUGUUUUGGCACCCAUCGCCGAAGACGAGAACCAAUCCCAGUUGAACACUCGAAUCCUCGGCUUCUACCAAUACGUCUCAAGCGACGCCGACCUACGUAAUGCUUCGACCGAGGCCGAGAAGAUCAUUGAUGAAUUCUCUAUCGAGUGUAACAUGCGCGAAGAUAUCUUUAAGCUUGUCGAUGCUGCAUUUCAGGCCCAGAAAAAUAAAGAGCCCGAUCUCGAUGCCGAAAGCCUGCGUCUACUCGAAAAGGAACGCAAAGGAUAUAUCAGGAAUGGCUUGGGAUUACCCCAAGGCCCACAGCGAGAUCGCUUCAAAGAGAUCAAGAAGCGUUUGAGUCAGAUUGGCAUCGAGUUCCAGAAGAACCUGAACGAGGAGAACGGCGUUCUAUGGUUUUCUAAAGAGGAAUUGGAUGGCGUUCCCUCUGACGUGCUCGAUGGCUUAGAAAAAGGCACUGGGGAGAAUGAAGGCAAAUUGAAGCUCAGUUUCAAAUAUCCCGACCUUUUCCCUACCCUAAAAUUCGCCAAAAACCCGGAAACCAGAAAGAAAGUCUUCAUUGCAAAUGAGAACAAGACUAAUCAGAACGUCCCUCUAUUCAGAGAGGCUGUUCUAUUGCGUGACGAAGGUGCCAGACUCCUAGGCUACCCCAACCAUGCCGCUUUCCGCAUAGAAGAAAAAAUGGCCAAGGAACCGGCUACUGUCAACGUCUUUUUAGCAGAUCUGCGGAAACGCUUAGCACCAGGCGGCGAGAAAGAAAAGGAUCACUUGCUCGAGCUGAAGAAGAAAGACGAGGAGUCGAGGGGCCUAAAGCCGGAUGGAAACUAUUACCUUUGGGACCACCGCUUCUACGACCGCAUGAUGGUGGAGCAAGAAUACAAUAUUGACGAGGUCAAGAUUGCAGAAUACUUCCCACUGCAAAGCACUGUUCGAGGCAUGCUGCACAUCUUCGAAGAAUUAUUUGGCCUGGUAUUUGUGGAACUGGACGCUAGCGAGCGUAAGAGGCUAUCACCAACCGGUAAAGCCGAAGACAUUGCUUGGCAUGAGGAUGUGAUCCUCUUCUCCGUCUGGGAUGACAGUUCUGAGGGCGAUGGUUUCGUCGGCUACCUCUAUCUCGACCUACACCCGCGUCCAGGCAAAUAUGGCCAUGCUGCCAACUUCAAUCUGCAGCCUGGUUUCCUAAAUAAGGACGGCACGCGUAGAUAUCCCGCCACCGCCCUCGUAUGCAACUUCUCUAAGCCGACAGAGAACAAGCCCUCUCUCUUGAAACACGACGAGGUGGUAACUCUAUUCCAUGAGCUCGGACAUGGUAUUCAUGACUUAUCCGGCCGAACUACUUACAGUAGAUUCCACGGCACAGCGACAGUUAGAGACUUCGUCGAAGCUCCAAGUCAGAUGCUCGAGAAUUGGUGUUGGACGCCUAGUCAGCUUAAGUCCCUCUCGAAUCACUAUAAGACUGGCGAGAAAAUCCCCGAUGAUUUAAUAGAGAAGCAGAUCUCUACGAAGCAUGUCAAUGACGCCCUUUUCAACCUCAGACAAUUACACUUUGGCAUCUUCGAUAUGACAGUGCAUUCCCCUGCUACCCAUGAGGAACUAGAAAAGAUCGAUUUCAGUGCGCUAUACAACGAUUUACGCACCCAGAUUGCUGGCCUCAAAGGCCCCGAAGCUCUAGGAGAGCCAAGCACUUGGGGUAAUGGGCAAGCAACCUUCGGUCAUCUCAUGGGAGGUUAUGACGCGGGUUAUUACGGCUACCUAUCUUCCGAAGUCUACAGCACCGACAUGUUCUAUUCCGUCUUCAAGGAAGACCCAAUGAAUGGAAAGGAAGGCCGUAGGUACCGCCACACCGUGCUAGAGCGCGGGGGCAGCCAAGACGAAAUGACGACCCUUGAACAAUUCCUUGGCAGAAAGCCUAGUAGUGACGCAUUUUACGCUGAUUUGGGCCUCACAGCUAUUGCACUUACUUCUGCGGCAUAAAAAAAGACUAGAGAUGGAUCAAUACUAGGUACGCUGUGGCCUAGCAUACCAGGCAACCUACCUGUAAGCAGUUGCUGCGAGGCUUGCAUGCUGCAGCCUUCACUCCGCCUAUACACUAGUUGGCAGAUCUAAUUCGUCCACAUGCUAUAGAGGCAAUUAGCUUACCAUAAAAGUUACUAAAAUACGAAAUAAAGCUUUGCAUCGUAUAAUUUAUUAUUGUCAGCAUGUAGCUAAUGUAGCCAAUGAGACGGUAUAACAGGUAGGUACUGAGCCUAUUUGCUAACUAUGCGUAAUACCUACUACUACCUUA